CCGCGAACGUAACCCCUCGAAGCCCCGCCCACUGCAAACACUGCAACAAGUGCAAUAAUGUGAUGCUAGCCAGCUCAAUCCUCAAAGAAAGACUUCGGGGACAGGAAUUAUCAACGUAAUUAUCAGCGUUUCUCACUAACUUCGAAGGAUAUUUCAUGGUUCAGUAUUUAUAUCUUACUCAUACUUUGCUACAAACAGGUUUUGCCACUUGGCGCAAAGGAAAUUAGAGACCGAGGACCUUGCGCAAUGUAGAAGAAGUUUAUUGGAGAGACGCUGAGCUAGCUCACGGGCUAACCCAGUAUGCUGAAGAAGUCAGUCAGCCAUUCGUAAAAAUGUUGCGGGGUGACUAGUGAGCGGCUCACUUGUGCCUUUUGUUCACGGCAUGCUUUCUAGAAGGAAAUAAGGAGUGUCUGUUAGACUCCAGAGAAACUCCUUCACUAUGGCGCUCCGGUUAGAACAUCUGCUGUGUUGAUGAGAGAAAAAGUCAGGAGGACAACAUCAGCCACUAUGAGCAGGGCAGAACAAAAGGACAGGGUCUUGUCCGUAAGUGAAGACUCCCUCCCUUGCCGAUACCACUCUAAAGCAGACCCAGUAAUCAGGAGCCGACCUCUCAGUGAUAUAUAUCCGCUUCAGAGUCAACGUGAGCGAAGUGCGGUACCCUACCUACUGUCUGGAUGCAGCGCCCAACUACAGCCAAGGACUGUAGGCCCCGAGGAAAGUAGGUUAAACAGCAUAAACUCCUCUGCCUGGUCCAACCCUGUUAUAGGUCAUCCUGAAGGGAACCCUCACCCCUCCAGAAUAAUGCGGCUUUUUUCCAACUCAAGAAAGGGCCCCGUCCCUUCUCACAGUCCAGCCACCGAUGGGCUCCCCUCCACCCAAAGCAACAACACCAACAUUAGUGCCCAGCCCUGGUCUGGACUGGGUGUUCUGGACUCCUUCAAAAAACUUCGCUCCUCUGUUCUUCACAGCAUUCAGAGUAGAGAGCUAUCGAACCAAGAUGGAGAGCGUGUCCCGUCGUCAUACCAGGAAAUGGCUAAUGGCACAACUGUAGCCGACACCGAGGCUGUGAUGGCCAACAAAAAACAUUUAAAAAGUGCAGAAGCUCACCAUGUGUCUAAUGGAGGUUUUACAGUCCAGAUGUUGGGUUUGAUGAACCAGUAUAGCUCAGAUUUGGAGGACUAUGAUGAUGAAGAAAAUUAUGAAGGAAGUGAUUUCGCACGAAACUCACGAUUCUCAAGGAGUAUUAGAAAAGCUUACGGAGCCGGACGCAUCUCUUUAUUUGACACAGCCAAUAGAAAAGCCGCAGGAAGGAACACGAGCGAACCUACAGACACUCACACAUCCAAGCUCAGCGCCCAAACACAAAAUAUGCAUGAAGGCGUGAAUGUGAUGAACAGACUGAGCAAGAGUGCAGAAAAUCUCCAUAUAUUUAAGGCGCCUUUCAGACGCAAAGCUGCUUCUCCAAGUCCUCCAGACCCCCAGACGACCAUCACACCGGCCAUGCAGAGAACAGCCAGUGCCUCCUCGGUGGACCUCAGAUCCCACGCUACUAGCAACGGGAAGAACCCCGUGAGGACCAAGCCGCCGAUGCUAAAGCUAGUAGGGAGCAUGACGGACCUAACUGUUCGACGCAAGCGCAGUCCCUCUCACAGCCCCAUCUCUGCAUCUCCCAUGUCCCCUCUGACCCGUCUCCAUGACGACUACUCCCGCCGAGUGCCUUGCCUGCAGACCAGCGAGCGGCGGCGACGGCCAUCGCCCGUCAGGGCCCGAGCAAUGUCUGGGGAACACGCGCCUCUGGUUCAUCACCAGUCGGAAUUCCACGCCAGCUCACAGCAGCACGAACCCCUCGUUUCAGCUUCUGUACAUCCACUGGACGGAACAGAGCAAACUUGCUCACCAGCCACUGCUACAGAAUUGAAUGCCUCUCCACCAUUUGACAAAGAAUCUAUACAACCAGAAGAUCGCACGGAGGUCAAUUUGGAAGCAAAUGAGGGGACAUCAGAACAACAAGGGAGAGAGGCACAUCUCUCAGAGGAAUUGUCUUCAACCACCAGCACACCUCCUAUCUCCCCCACGUGCCUCUCUGACUCACCCACAUCACCCACAGAUGCAGCAACGUCCAAGGAAACAUGCUCUGUCAAGCCCAGACGAAGGUCUGGCCGCCCAAGGCCUCGGCCCAUCUCUGACUAUGGGCAGCUCAUUUCCAGGAAGCACUCCAUUCCUGAGGAAGUGGCAGAGCUGCGGGCAGAGGAAAGAACAGCAAGCACAACGUUGCUUAAAGACUGCAGUAAUACUGGUGCGUACGGAAGUGAAGAGAGCCCCCAGAUGUGCAGCAUGAAUGGUGACCUUCAAGACAGGAAGCAGCGACCCAUUUCAGUGAUCGGAGGCGUGAAUUUGUUUUCCCCAGACUCUGAGGAGAAGCAUGACUGCCUUCCUUCUCGGCCACCGAUCCCCUCCCACCAGGUGCCCCCCUACAAAGCAGUAUCUGCAAGGUUUCGCCCCAACGUCCUCUCCCAGAGCACCCCCAUCGGCCUGGACCGCGUGGGACGACGGAGGCUUCACAGAGUGCUCAGCGAUGGUGUGUCUGACUGUGCAGCCACGCUCGAUGACAGUGUGAGUGAGGAGGAGGAGAGCAGCUUCGACGAGCUCACCGAUGUCACACCCUACCUUCAGCCAGGGGUGGAAAUCACCGUGCUCAACGAGUGGAUAAACUCAGGCCACGCAGUGUAUGCUGAGGCUCUCUGGGACCACGUGACUAUGGAGGAGCAGGAGCUGGCCUUCAAGGCUGGAGAUGUUAUCCGUGUCCUGGAUGCUUCACAUAAGGACUGGUGGUGGGGCAGAGGGGCUGACAAGGAGGCCUGGUUCCCCUCCAGCUUUGUGAGGGUACGGGUGAACCAAGAGGACUCCAGUGCGGAGAGCGUGGAGAGUGUUGCCGACCAGGAAGAUCCCAGUCCCCGGGAGACGCACGCGGCUCAGCACCGGGAGCAGAUGAGAACCAACGUGAUUCAGGAAAUCAUGAACACAGAACGUAUUUACAUCAAGCAUCUGAAGGACAUCUGUGAGGGUUACAUUCGCCAGUGUCGGAAGCACCCUGACAUGUUUACGGAGCAUCAGCUCAAGACUAUCUUCAGCAACAUAGAAGACAUCUACAGGUUCCACAGACAGUUUCUUAAAGACCUGGAGAAGAAGUACAACAAAGAUCAACCGCAUCUCAGUGAAAUCGGCUCUUGUUUCCUCAUGCAGGGGGAGGGCUUUUCCAUUUACUCCGAGUACUGCAACACUCAUCCGGCAGCCUGUGCUGAGCUGCAGCGCCUCAUGAAGUCGGGCAGGUACAAACACUUCUUUGAGGCCUGUCGGCUCCUCCAGCAGAUGAUCGACAUCUCCAUCGCCGGUUUCUUGCUCACACCCGUCCAGAAGAUCUGUAAAUAUCCCCUACAGCUGGGAGAACUACUCAAAUACACCCCCAAGGACCACAGUGAUUUCUCUGGAGUGAGCGGCGCUUAUGAGGCGAUGAAGAAUGUGGCCAGUCUCAUAAAUGAGAGGAAGCGACGGCUGGAGAGCAUCGAUACUAUCGCUCACUGGCAAGUCGCCAUUCUCCACUGGGAGGGGCCCAACGUACUGGAGCGCAGCUCGGAGCUGAUCCACUCCGGCGAGCUGACUCGAAUCGUCCGACAGGGGAAAAUGCAGCAGCGCAGCUUCUUCCUGUUUGACCACCAGCUGGUCUUCUGCAAGAAAGACGUCCUGCGCAGAGACCUGCUCCACUACCGCGGACGCGUGGACACGGAUCAGACGGAGGUGGUGGACGUGCCCGAUGGUCGGAACACAGACCUGGGCUUGACCCUGAGGAAUGCUCUGUGUCUGCGCAACGCCUCCACGCUGGAGGUUCUUUGUGUGCUGUCCUGCAAGAAGACCCAGGACAAACAGAGGUGGUUGGAAGCUUUUUCCAAGGAGAGACACAGAGUCAAAGAAGACCAAGAGAUGGGAAUGGAAAUCAGCGAAGAACAAAGAAAACAGGCAAUCGUUAAUGCCAGAAGAGCCAAACACGGGAAAAUCCAACCCAUCGGUUACUCAGGCUCCGUACCACCCCACCACCAGAACCUCCACCCACUUCACCAGCGUCACGUCACCAUUCCGACCAGCGUGCCUCAGCAGCAGGUCUUCACACUGGCCGAGCCUCCCAAACGAAAGCCUUACCACGUGUUGUACAGCAUCACCCGCAAUGCCUUCUUCAAGAAAUGACACCGUUUGCCCUCUGGGCAGGACCUCAGCACCCCCAAAAUGUACUGAAGACUCAAAGAAAAUUUGGUGUCCUGUUUGUGAGUGUAAUUAGUUUUGCACCAUGUCUGUUUCUCCGUGUGUACUUUUGUUGCAUGUUGAUGUGCCUCCACUUCAAAAAGGGGCACAACAAAAGUGUUAAAACUGUGACUCUGUCCAUUUUGUUGGUUUGUUAAAUGCUGCUGAUGAAUCC